CAAUGCGAAGAAUUUGGAAGUUGCUUUUCGGACGUUAUCUUUUAGUUACCAACACAGUUAGUUCCGGUGUGUUAAUGUUGGCUGGCGAUAUGGCAGCGCAGGAAAUUGAAAACAGAAUUAAUAAUAAAACAGCAUCUACAGGGCGCGACUGGAAACGGAUGUCCAAUAUGACACUGGUCGGUCUAUCUCAAGGGCCUUUGCAUCACUAUCUGUACAAGUGGAUGGACGUAUUUCUUCCCGGGGCUUCGGUGCGGACAGUGUUAAAAAAAAUUGCCAUCGACCAAUUUGCCAUAUCUCCCAUUUUUAUCAUCACCUACUUAUACAGCGCUGGUUUACUGGAAGGUGCAACCAUUACAGAGUGUACCGCCGAACUACAGCACAAGUACUGGACUAUCUACACAGCAGAUUGGCUUGUUUGGCCACCGACGCAGUUUAUCAAUUUCUAUCUAAUCACUCCAAAAUAUCGUGUCCUGUACAUUAAUGUCAUCACCAUGCUGUAUAAUGUGUUUCUUUGUUACAUUAAGCACAACAACGAUUUGAUUUUGCCAGUAACAGGCAAAGCACCAGUGGAUUAA